AUGUGCUCAAACCUUGAGAGAUUGCGUGUCACUAGCUUGCCGCACAUUGGAGUGGCAUUAGCCGUCAUCCAUGUUCACUUGAUAGCCACAGCUCCUGCUGCUACCUCUGCUGCUGCUGCUGCUGCUGGUGGUGGUGGUGGUGGUGGUGGGUGUGUGUGGCGAUAUGUUUCCUUAUUCGCUCUCGUGCCAUACCCUCUUCCCCUGCUCCCCUCUGCUCUCCCCUGUCCUCCCUCCCUCCCCCCUGCCACACCACGCCAAGCCACUCCUCCUCUUCCUCCACCUCCUCCCUUCCCCUCUCCUGUGUAUCAGCCUCAACACAAACACGCACACGCAUUGACUUAA